UAGUUAGCUCGUUUGAAUCAGAUGUCGACACCAGCCCGGUAUUUCCUUACAGCAUCCAUCACUUGAAACGUAUGGUGGCGACACGUCGGGACAUGAUGAAUCAAAAGAAAAUCCAAUUAAUGCGAGUGGGCUAAAAGUUGAUGUUAACUUGUGAGGACUUUUGCUUGCACGACCAGAGCGUUCUUCCUUUUGGCACUCAAGUCGCUUUAUCAUCAAAACCAACUUGUAAACCUCUCCGUGACGGACUUCACGGAGUAUGACUCAGAAAGCUGGCUCCAUAUUAGUGUGCUGAUUUCCCCUUCUCUUUCACUUGGUUAUUUGUUUUCUGGUGUGGACCUUUAAGACGCAGGAACUCCGGAGCUUAUACUCUUUACGAACGCAACGAAGAUGAAGAGAAUACCAAAAAAUACUCGGGAGCUAAUCGUGCUGGUCUUUCUUGUACUUUUAUGUGCUAAUAAGUGUUGGACACAUGACUGCGGGAACAACCCAAUGAAAAAUGCUGUCUUGAUCGCGCAGACAUUAGAUACGUCACUGGACAAAGUAUUGACAAUUAUGAAAGGUCUCGAUUUAGCCGCAUAUAACAACCUCGAUUCAAGAUACAAAACUUUUAAGGGAUGUAUGGGAAGUGUGGAGUCGGGAUAUUUUCGGAAGCGGUCGUGGGAUUACCGAAAGUUGAGAGAGGCGCUCGGAAAACAACAAGCAAAGAGUGCCAGAGCAAGGAAGAGCCGCGCUACGGAGGACUCCCGCCGGUUACUCGGCUUACAAUGAUGAGGCGGGCCUAACAUCUCGCCUCCUGGUACUCUACCACCACAGGGACGAUCCCAUACCAGGACAAGAUCGACUUCUUGUAGUUUUUGCACAUAAUGAUUUCUCAUCUAUAUGUGAAAUUCACGGGAGUUUUGUAAACUGUAAUCACCUUAUAUACUGAACAAACGAGAACACAACCAUUCUGUCCAUUCAUCAUUUUCCAGAAGACGUACAUGUAGAAGCCAAAUAACGAUUGGUUCGUAAACGAGUACUGUCUUGGUGACGCAUGAAUCAGCGUUUCUGAUUGGAUAAAACGAGAGGCAGGGAACCAAAGAUCGGACAAACAGCCUUUUUCUUUUUGAGGCAGAUUUUUCUUUAUUUGUUCUAGGGCAAAUGCGUCUCCGUGACUCAGGAGCGUUUCUGGUUGGAUUAACCGACUGACAGAGAAACCAAUGUCAGAAAAACAUCCCCGAUAUUUUUCAAUUCACUCUUUUCCUUUGGUGAAUGGGCGAAGUAACAAACUACUAAAACUACCGGUAGCGUAUUCUGUUCGUUAAACUUUGUUUUUUUCUAAAGACUUCUCUUAUCAAUUUGACACAGGAUUCGGUGCUUCGGAUUGGACAAAACGACAAUUACAAAAGUAUUCUUGAGGAAAAUCCUGAAUGGUCUGGAUCCAUUGCAACAGAUAACGGCCAAAAACACACGACAGAACCCUUUCUCGAGGUGGAGUACAUCAAUUUGAUUUUCUGGAAGUCUAGUCUUUCAUAAGUGUACACUGCAUAUCAUUCGACAAUUUUUUGUCGGUUAGUUUUGUUGGAUUACAUAAUUUUGAGUAUACCGGUAUGCGAAACAAUUACCAUGGAUACAGCAAUGUAUUUUGCUGAGCAACGCCGAGCAGCGUACACAACUCAAACGAUGCACACGGCGACAAGUAAAAACCUGUCGUUACGAAUGUCGCCGACCCGCUCUUCGUCGUCGUUUUCAGCGUUCGGCAAGAUAUAUUGUAUACUAUGAAGAAUACGCGAAUAACUGUAAGGAAGUUUUUACAUGGACAUGAGCACAUACAUCUUACCCCGAAUUAGUUUUUUUUUAACGUGUCCGAUCGUUUCAAGCUGCGAACCGUAUGCCAUUAAAUGUAUUUUGCUAGAGUCCAAGUAUUAUUGGGACAGCCCGCAUGAUGUUUCCAUAAAAUCCAGGACAUGUUGCUAUUUUAGUAAUUGAUUGAGGACAACACAACUGUCGAAAAAGAUUUGGCGAUUAAAAACAUGCACAGCCACUUUUGCUACAUGUAUUUCAUUUGAUUGUACAUGUACAUGUACUACAUUAUAUUUGAAGGUCCUCUCAGAAAGUGUUCGAUUUCCGGCGGAGAGGUACUGUGUAUGUUACUUUGAAUUUAAAACUGCAAACAUUAUUUUGGGAUUUCAUCGCACAGGAUUUGGUUACGACCAUGUGAACUAAGGUGGCAAGACACUCAGUAGCCGGCUUGUUUUAACUAGAAUUUCUUUCUCUAGUAUAAUGGAGGAAUGUCGGGUUACAAAUAUACUCAUAUACUUGUUUUAUAUUUACUAUUGCAUCGUACGUAGUCUUGCCGAAAUCGUGUCCUAUUUGUUGGUGUCAAUAAGAAUCUACAAUUUGCACAGUGUAUCAUAGUUCAGUUUGAUGAGAUUAUUUGAGGUGGGGAUAUGCAAAUCAAAAGAAAAACCGGUUCGCCAUGUUUUCGCUGUACGAUACUGCAAUGACACUCGACCCGUAUCGCCGCGACUUCGGUCAAAAAAACGCAUGCAGGCUUUAAGUCACAAGAUAGACGUAUUUUAAUCGCGGUGGCCGGUGGUGCUUUGAUAAUACCUGUACCAGUUACGGGCCACAGUAGAUUCGCAGGGGAGUCUUUUGUCAACAGGUCAAAAGAGGCAUUCCUUUCAGUUACUUUCUCUCCUCAGUUCACCAGUAACAAAUGAUUUCUGUCUUUACUGUCGCCUGUGACCAGUAUUUGAAUCACCACCACCACCGAGAAAAGAAGUUGCAAACGUAAAUGUACAUGGCACUGCAUUUAACCAAUGAAAAUCAUUUUCUCCAUGACGUGCUGCCAUUGAAAAGGCCUCAUGCAGCAAAAAUGGUCCCCAAUCCGAAAGUGUGUUAAAACAGGACUCGACCUCUUUUUUGCUUUAGACUAUAGAGGAGAGUCCGACUGAUCAUUGGGUUCUGCAUGUACACAUAUUCUCCCUUUCCGGGAACAGACUGAUGGCGUCCGGAAAAGCCUUGAAUCAAAAAUAGCCUCGAAGCUGAUAACCAAACGUUUACAUAAUAUAUACUUGUCGCCGUCAAGUGACACAAAUCACAUUUCCUGUCGGCGACUCGAAUCUGCCGUUGACUUGCAGCUUACUAACAUGGUAACAUUUUUAUAGUGACGAAUCAUCCCUUUGAAGUGCAUGUCCCUGUUGGCGCGACAAAGAUGCCUGAUGAAAAUUUAUGUCAAAUACUUAUAUAUACUAUAACACACUAAUGCAAACAGACAAUUGUUUCUUAAAGCUGUGGUUCGUUCGGGUGUAGUGUCGACAUGUGACCCGCUGGGAAGAAAAAAGAACAUAUCCGUAUUACAGCAACCAAAUGUAUACCACCAUUAGCCAGCAGACCUUAUUCGCCGCUAUACACGACGUUAUAUUGAUUAAAUCUAUUCAACAGCAAAUUCUGAACGAACGAACCAGACCUUUUUGGACAUUUAUUCCCUAUCGUAAGUUGUAAAACCAGAUUUACUUGAUAUAAAUGUUUAUGCCCGAAUGUCUUGCACGAUGAUGAUAUAUGAUCAAUACUAAGAGUUAUGUUUUUGCAAAGAAAUCAGUACAAGAUCAUACAUGUACAUUGUAAUAAAAUGUUGACACUGCCAAUAGGAGCGGCGCCCCUGAUCGUAUAUGGGCUUAUAUGUAUGUAGUUGGUAUCAAAAAUUGUAACGCAUGCAUCAUUCUCUGCAUACCCGUUUUACCCAAUAUGGAGACCAGCGUAACGUUUUUGAGGGUUUCCGUUUUUGCCUGGUACACUUCUUUGAGUGGUAAACGCUAUAUUUCUCGGUGCCCCCCUAUUGAAAAGUUAAGGUAUCUCAGCUGUCUAUUGCACGGUAACACUAAGAUAUUGAGAUCAACCGAACCUAUUUACAGUUCCGAAGUCUUCUAUGAGCAACGAUUUUUUUUCAGACAAACCAAAAUUGUGCAAUAGGAACUGAUACGGAAGUGGAGGUAUAUAUAGGUUUCUUGCCAUUUUUCGUGAAAAAAAGGUUUGCACAAGAAAAAGAAAUCGGCGUCUCACAAAUCCUUGCCGUUUAUUUGGUACAAUGUAUUACUGAUGCGAGGAGGGGUCACGACGGAUAAAGCGAAAUGUUGACAAACUAAAAGAAUCUGUGAUGGAACUUGAAAAUUGACUUAAACUAUUGAUAAUAUUUUAUCAUCGAACUAUUGGGUGAAGCGCUUUUCAGGUGAGACUGGUUACCGUCCUAUAGAGAGUGAUGUGAUUUGAGUCGUUCGUAACCUGUAUCGUGCAUUAUGCUAAAAAUGAGAAAAUAGUCAUAACAUAUUUUUUGGUCCAGUACUUCCGUCUACAUUGAAUCGGCACAGCCACGAUUUCAGUGCAGAUCUGAAACAAUUUCCAUAUUUUGUAUCCGGUUACGCAAGCGCACGACUGAGAACUGUAUCAAAAUCUAGUGUGCACAUGCGUACCGGAUACAAAAACCGUGGGGCGGAUUCGAAAUCCACAAAGGAGCAUCCUGAGGAAAUCUUUGAAAUUCUCCAGCUUCAAGAAACACAUCCGAACACAUUGGUUCUAUAUACCAGUCUGAUUUAUUUGCCAACGCACGGCAGCCCAACUGAGCACACAUAAUGACAUUACAUAAACCAACAAACACUUCACCACAAUGCAUGAAUUGAACUGGUCCCACAAUAGUCAAUAGAAUUCCACAAAAUCAGGGGUUAAUGUUCGCUUCUCCGGCACUGCUAAUCCUUGAUUUCCUCAGGAUGACAAAGAGGUAAUCGCAUUUACUGUUUGGUUAUGAGAAUGUCGACUUCUAUGGUUCAAUAAGUAAACAACAUCAGGUGUUAAACUUUAGUUUUCUUCUGUUCUCUUGUUUUUUGCUGUAAUCCACAAGGCCUCAAAUGCCUUUACCAUACAUAUAUACAUGUAUUCAAACCAAAAAAAUAUCGUCAAGCUUUGGCCUUGUGCAUCGAUAAUACUGAUUCAUACACCUUGUCCAAUAUUCCUUGAUAUCCUCAGCACAAAUGUUGUUUUCCUAAAUUCCUGAGUAUGGUUUUCUCUUGUGAGCUAAGGUGGGUGUGAUGACAGGGUCAGAUGAGGUUAUGACACUAUGUAUGUGUAGGGAGCAAGGUGGUAGAUUUUAAAUAAAAUGAAGCUAUUUUCAA